GGCUGCCCCAUCGCCCGCGCGCAGCGCUCCAGUUGAAGAACUAAUGCCAGGUCCGGCGCGCCUCCCAACCGGCGCAACAACAGCGACUCUGUCUCGCCUUCGAAUCAAACAAGACGCGGCGAGGGCGAGGAAUUCGCGCUCGAAUACGGAAAUGACAAAGGCUUACGAAUCGUUUGGCAAUUUGUCCAUCUUCUUUGGCACACCGGACUCGAAGCAGAAGUGUCGUGCCAUCCUCCAGCAACAGCCGAGACCUGCACCUUACAACGACGACGACGACGGCGAGUCGGAGAGCGGCCAUUCAUCCGGCGAAGAUGAAUCAAACGUUGGAAACCGCGCCGACCUCGACGAUGCUGAAGGACCCAACGAACGCGGCACGUAUUCGAAAGAGUACACCCUGAAGCAUCCGGAGACCAAGUGGGUCCAUCGUGGCCAGGGUCGCUACUUGCCAGCGUCCAAGGUCAAAGCCGAGCCACCAGCGCAGCAGGCGCUCCGACCGACAAGAAAACUUCCAGAGCGAGCCACGACCACCUCAUCAGCAAUCACUGCCGAGACCAUGGAAGGCAUGCUGCAAGAGCUGUGGCAUGACUUCAACGAACACCGCAUCAAGCUGAAUCCCAAUGCCCGUCCGGGCUGGAGUCCGCAGCUGCGAGGCCAAUGGAAUGGAAUUACCGCCUUGCUCAAGGAGAGUCCGCGACAAGACUGGCUCCAAGCGAUCGAAGGUAUCGAGCAUCCCGAGUAUCGUGAAAUCGUCAGAAACUGGAUCUCAGCAAUGGACCGCACCUUUCCCUCUUCUGCGCCGGAUUCUGUCGGAAGGACGAGGCCGACGCGCCAAGCCCGAUCUUCUGUUGGCAAUGCGAGCAGCAACCGUCGACGUAGUACGCGAUUGGUUGAUGCCACAGUCAACACCUAUGGCGAGAGUGAUGAAGAGCUCGAAGAAGAAGACCUCGAAGAGGAAAGUGAGGUCGAGGAUGAAGGAGAAAUCACGUCUCACAUUCGAACUUCGCCACAUAAUCACGAGGGCCAUGUCAGUAACAACCCGCGCUCUACACGUUGUGGCUCAAGCACCUCACAUGCCAACAAGUGCAGUAGCAGCGAAGCCUCUCAUGACAUGAAUGGCGAUACUGCCGUGAAAAAGGAGGAUCUGCACAAGCACACUGGCCGUAUCGUGCACCAUCGAGGUAACCAGUUCUACCGCCCCGGUCCCAGUCCUCAUGGCAUCAAAGGCACGAAACUGGUUCUCGCCGACGGCGAGCUUCUAGGCUUACAUGAGUUGAGCACCAAGGACGCCGAGGAUCUGCUGGCAAAAGCCGAGAAGAAUAAUUUUGGCUUGGAUGAUCCGCGGGGUGCACUACAGACAGCUCACUACAACAACGGUCGGCGGAAGAGCAGCUUACACAGUAUGGCGACCGAGACAUUGGUGCCCGCCGCCUGGUCAUCUGGCCGCCGCGUCAGUAAAGCGGACCCUACUAAAAUUGACACUGACGAUGUGGCACGUGGCCACAGUGGCCGGCGCCUCAGCAUCAAAUCCAGUGUCGAAGCGAAAGAUGCGUUGAUGCGCGACAACAAACUCAAGACCACACGCACCAAGAGUGACCCAGACGUUCUGCUCGACAAGGACUACGUAGAUGCCCGCCCCGACGAGAUCUUCCAUCAUCGUGGCCAGGGAAAGUGGGCACGAGGGCUUCCGCCUCCUGGCUCUUCCAAUAAGAUGGCAGUCCGAGGACCGAAUGCGAAAGAACUGUUCGAUGCCAUGCAGCGGGGCGAGGAGAUUGAUGAAAAUGGCAAAAUCCCGCCACCAAUUACAGCUCUCCUUCGAAGAGAAGAAGGUCCGGAUCUGUACCCACAGUAUCAGUGGCACUACCGAGGGGGCGGCAAACAUUGCCGAUUGACCAAAGAAGAGGCCGAAAACUACGAAGCCAGUCUUCGUCCCGCCAAAAAGCAACGCACGUCUGCGGGAUCACGCCCACGUGGAGAUGGACCAGAGGCACAACUGCACCGCGCUUCGGCUUCAGCGGCAGACGCUGGAAGCUCGAAUGUUCUGUCUGGUGUUAAGCGCAAGGCCAGCACAUUGCUGCAACGAUCUACGAAAGUGAUCCGCAAACGCAGUCAGCAGACCGGUCUGCAUUCCAAGGCUUCCUCUAACGCCGAGCCAAAGGCACCCACGCCCCGGCCGCCACCACUUGCUCCCGAGGAUGAUCGCCUGACGGAUGCAGACCUCCCGAGCCUCUACAAGGACGAUUGGUCCGACGUGGACGAGCAAGACGACGAAGCUGAACAUAUCCUCCGCCAAAUCUUUCGGCCGAUUGUGGGGCCCGAUCCAUUUGUAGCGGCACUGACCAAGUUUGAUCCCGCCGCACGCUCGAUGGAAUCUCUCAAAGGUCUCGCCGCCAACGCACAGACGGCUCUCAAGCAACUGCAGGACGAGUACCUCGAGCUCGAUCAGAUUGUAGCACGAAACCCGAUGCAUGGCAAGAAGGAGCGAAAGCCCAUGCAUGGUGGGCGCGAGCCCGUGUCGCAUGAUGUCUGGGAGGACAAGAAAGAGGCGGCACUAUACGAUUACGCCUUUGAUGCUCGCAAGAUUGGCUUCCAGGAUCCCGAUGCUCAGCGGAUCGUACGGGACGCUGAGGGCCGCGAGCUUCGCAGACGCCGUGGUCGUAACGAUCCGCACACGUCACAAGUCAACUACGGCGAUGGAGAAAUGACGACUCGACGCACGGUCAAGCCCGUGUCGCGCUUCGAUGGCGUGGUCGUUCCUGUUCUACGCCAAAAGUCGCGUCUUUCAGUCGCAGAUAGCACCGAAGUGGACGACAACAAUAACAACAAGACAGAGAGCACGACGCCCGACCGCACCCGCACGCCCGUGCUUGAAGGCGAUCCCCACGAAUGGGUACCACCUUCUCGAGGUCGCUGGGCCGGUCACAUUCCGAAGCGCAUCCAGGAGCUUCGUGGCGCCAGUGUUUCACGUCGCAGCGAGAGCGGUUCUCCUCAACCUCCCGGUGCGGCCAGCAGCAGCAGCAGCAGUGUUCGCAAGGGCCGGCCGCCAGGUAGCAAGAACCAUCACGAAAGAAAGGACAAGGGGAUCAAGAAGGGUCCACGCAAGAAGAAGGAUGAUAACGCGAGUAGCCCAGCAGCGGGAUCAGAUGUGAAUGAUGCGGCACAGGGUGAUGGCGCCAGUGAGGCGGAAAAGGAAGAGCGGACUCGUGGAGGGCGUGCUGUCAAUCCCAUGUCGCUCGAUGCCAUUGUGGGACCACAGGGAUAAGAUUGCAAGGUUUGGGGGCGGUUUUCUGAGCGAUGAUGGGAAACAGAGGGGACUGCCUACAUACCUUACAAUAGGUAGGCUACACUUCAUGUCGCAGUGGCAUUGGGGUGGGACUAUGACCGUCUACGACGACAGUCGGUCUCAGUGUAUUAUAGAUGGCACACGGCCGUAGCCAAGUCUCGCUAGGAAGACUUGAAUACAAACCGUUUUGA